AUUUCCUGUAACUGUAUGUUAGCAUUUAAAUAAACUCUCGGACGCUAUAUGUGGGACUUUGUUAGAUCCGAAAUAGUCCCUCGAGUAGCUUUUGUACAUUGACCUGGGCUUCAAAACGUAACCCCUUCCGCACGGUCAUGGAUAACUUCACUCGGACAGUUUCAUUAUUGUCAGGGAAUGUACGAGAUAACUUGCAAGGUAGGUAAACAAGCGUACAUAUGACACAAAAUAUACUAAUGUUAUUUAUAAACCAUACAGAUAUCCGUAUUACUUCAAUUGGUAGGCUCUUGGUGACGUCACAAUUUUUCUUAAAUUUGUUUUAGAUUGUGCUCGAUUGACAUCAGAAUGUUAUCACAGCCAGUAUACUAUAUAAAAAAUAAAACGAAGAGAUAGGCUAUUAGCUGUUAAAAUGUAUUAAAUGCAUUAAAUCACACAGUAUGUAUGUCAGGUCCAGACACAGUAGGCUACAUUGUAAUAGCAGCUUAUGAAAUAUAUGUUAAGCGUGCUAUCUAUACAUGUUGUAUUUUAUUGUUGAAAUAAUAAAACGUGUACAUGGUACAGAACAGUAGCAAAAACGUAGUACUCUAUGUUUUCUACGACAUAAAAAACAGUGCAUUUUCAAAUCCAAUAACAGUUUUUGUAGGCUAUGUAAUGAUAAUGAUGAAAGCAACAAAUAUGACAUUGACUUUUUCUGCUUGCAUACAAUUGCCUUCUUUUCCCCAACAGUAUAUUUUUCAUGUAUUCGUUGAUACAACAAAUUUUAAUAGGUGAUGUAUACCUAAAUGUAUAAACAUUAUUUAUAUACUUAGUCCUAUUUUGACAUGUCAGUCCGCCCGUAUAUAUCUUACCCUCGACAUUUAUUCAGACGUUGACUGACGACUAUAUAAGCUAGGAGCAAACUGGCAUUUUUCAGUCCAAAAUAUUUUAUCAUUUUGAUACUUACGUGCGGAAUGGACCAAAGCACCUUGAGCAAUGUUUACCAGUUUAACAGUGUUGACCUAAAGUACUUCAUUAAUGCUAGCGUCGUCUGUUUGUUGAAUUGUUUGUGAAGGUAAUUAAUUCAAUUUCCAUAUAAGCAUUUUUUUUUUACAUAAACAUGUUUAAGCAUUGUUUUUACAGUACCUCCAAACAAGUAUGCAUUACGUAUACUUUUAAGAUCGCUUGGACAUUGAUUUACACUUUUUAAGCGGUCUGACGCAAAAAUUUUGCUUUCCCUUCCCCGAAAAGCCUCUCCGAAAAGUAGGCGGUAAUUGUAGGUGGAAGAUGGCGAUCAGCGAUUAGUUGCCAAACGAGCGCGUUCGAUUGGAGGUGCAACUGGGAUUGAUGAGGAGCGGCGACCAAUGAGAAUGCGUCAAAUGAAUGACCGGGCUCCAGUUAAAGGGGGCGUAAGAGGAGGUAGUGCCAGUCCACUGAGAAAGAGGGACCCUCCGAGAUAAACAUAGACAAGCGAAAGAAAUAAACAUUUCAAAUCGAGAUGCUGCAGGAACAGAGAAGACCCAGUAAGAUAAUUAUUCGUAUAUUCGUCUAAUCUUAGAACAACGACAUCGACUCUGUUUGAAAGGACAAGCGCAAAGGAAUCUUCUCAUUUCUAUGCAUUGGGGAUUUUGAGUAACAAGUUAUCCACAAGAAAAGCAUAGACUAACUCAAUGCGAAAAGCUUUUUCCUAUGAACGGAUCGAACUUCAUCGCCUCAUGUCGUGUUAUCAAAUCUGGAAGUUAAUAUUCACGUAGUGCAUUAUAUUGUAUUGUAUGUUUUACUGAAGCGCCGCGCAUAGACUGCUUUAAAGAGAAUUGUUUUUGGUUAACAAAAGCAUGUUGCUGGACGCUGGGCAUCAGUUCCCCGGUUUGGGAGUGGGCACAUUUGCCAGGCAUCAUCACUCCUCCAGUGAUAUGCAGGAAAGAGACUUGAGUUUAGCGCAAAACAGCUUUGUCGACUCGGCGCACAUGGGCGCCUUCAAACUGAACCACGAUCUCUCUCCCGGACAGAGUUCUGCAUUCACUAGCCAAGCGCCCGGUUACCCCGCGGCGGCUCUUGGUGCGCACGCGGCUCAUGUCACAUCAUAUGCAAGCUCGCCGUUUAACUCCACGCGGGACUUUCUCUUUCGCAGCCGUGGAUUUGGUGAGUCCUCACCGGCGGGCGGCCAGCAUGCGCUCUUCGGCCCCACUGCCGGCUCCCUCCAUCACUCUCAUACAGAUAGCCAAGGCCACAUUUUGUUCCCGGGCAUCCACGACCAGCAUGGAUCUCACGGCUCUCCAAACGUUCUUAACGGUCAGAUGCGUCUCGGACUACCUGGGGAGGUUUUCGGGCGAUCAGAUCAGUAUCACCAGGUCUCCAGCCCGAGGACCGACCCCUACUCAGCCGCCCAGCUGCAUAACCAGUACGGCUCCAUGAAUAUGAACAUGGGGAUGAAUAUGGCAGCGCAUCACCAUCACCCCGGUGCCUUCUUUCGCUACAUGAGACAACAGUGCAUUAAGCAAGAGCUAAUCUGUAAGUGGAUCGAUCCGGAGCAGCUCAGCAAUCCCAAGAAGAGUUGCAAUAAAACUUUCAGCACCAUGCACGAGCUGGUCACCCAUGUCUCGGUCGAGCACGUUGGAGGACCCGAACAGAGCAAUCACAUCUGUUUUUGGGAAGAGUGUCCCCGGGAAAGCAAACCAUUUAAAGCCAAAUAUAAACUGGUCAAUCACAUCCGAGUGCAUACAGGGGAAAAACCUUUUCCCUGCCCGUUCCCUGGAUGUGGCAAAGUCUUCGCAAGAUCAGAAAAUUUAAAGAUUCACAAGAGAACACAUACAGGGGAGAAACCAUUUCAGUGUGAGUUUGAGGGAUGUGAUCGGCGGUUUGCGAACAGCAGUGACAGAAAGAAGCACAUGCACGUUCACACGUCAGAUAAACCGUAUCUGUGCAAAAUGUGUGACAAGUCCUACACUCACCCAAGCUCUCUUCGAAAGCAUAUGAAGGUUCAUGAAUCGGCUCCAUCUGCAUCUGACUCGUCGCCAGCGGCAAGUUCUGGUUAUGAAUCUUCAACACCCCCUGGUUUGGUGUCCCCCUCCACUGAGACCCAAAGCAACAACAAUCUGUCGCCUUCUUCAGCGGUGCACAGUUCCAACAACCACAGCAGUUUAUCGUCCAAUUUCAGUGAAUGGUAUGUUUAAGACUGUGCCGUCCCAAGAGGAACCAUUUCAGAAAACCAGGAGAACCAUGCAGCUUGUACAAAAUGAACGCUCCUAUAUUAUGCGCUUGUCCAACAGGAUUUAAUAUACCCACUUCAACAGAAGAAACACUCCGUUUUUGUACAUACACGGUCUCUUUCCCUAAUGGUUGUAAUAGAUUUUGUCAGUUUUUUGGUGUAUAGAUGUUCCUUCAAUGGUAGCUAUUUCUCUAACUGGACUUUUUAGUGCACAUAUUACCAUAAAGUUGUAUUAUCAUACUGAUUAUUGUGAUUCCAUAAAAGGCAAACUGAUUGUAACUAAACAUCUAUUAACUGGAAAGAGUGCCAAAGUCAACAUUUAACGAAGACAGACACAAUAUUUGCUUGUGAAUGUAUAUUUAGUUUGCUGGGCUUAACUUGUGACGUUUUGUGCUUUGCAAGUUUGAAUUGUGAAAUAUAUUUGGAAGAUUGUGGGGCGAAUAAAUGUCGUGCCGUUAAAUAUCUGUAUCUACACCCUUCUUUUGUAAAUAUCGACUGCCAUAUUUAUCCACUUGUAAUUAAAUUAUGGUAUUUACUUGCUACAGAUGAAACAAUAUUUAUAAAGAAUGUUUCUUUACUAUAAAUAUGUACAAUUAUGGGCUGAACAGGGGCAGUUGUUUUGCUAUGUGUUUUUGUUCAAAGUUUGAAAAGUGUUUUCUUCAUUAUUGUGAUAAAAAUUUUACUGCAUACAGAUAUAAUAAAAUGUGGUGCAAGUGUAUAAUCUUUA